AUGACGGAGGAGCAGAAGGUCGUCGAGCCCGUCGAGGGCGGCACGGACUUCGUGCGCUACCACGAUAGCGACGAGAGCGACGACGAGACGGCCAUCGACGCCGAGGACCCGGCCGCGCUGGCGGCGGCGGCGACGGAGGCGCUGGAGGCGGCCAUGGCCCAGACGGCGGACGCCGACGUGCCGGCCGAGCUGCACGCGCUCGCCGGCGCCGUCAGCGAUACGCUGGAGGCGGCGUCCGGCGCCGACGAUCCGCCGGAGCCGCCGGCGUCAAAGCCGGCCGCGAAGACGUUCUCGCGCCAGGCGCCCAAGGCGGUCAGACAGCCGAAGCCGUGCGUCGUCGCGCCGGAGGACGACGUCGGCAUCAGCGCGGACGAGAUCGGUCUGGUGGCGGGCGGCCUCGGCCGCCUGCGCGUCGCGGUGCUCGACUCGGACGAGGAGGCCGAGCCGUUCGUGGUCGGCCCCGUGCAGGACGACGACACCGUCAUCGAGUCCUGGGAGGAGCGCGACGCCUGGGACUUCGUGCCCAUCACGCUCCGCGGCGUGCCCGCGCGCCCCCUGCUCGAGGGCGAGCCUCUGGCCCUCGACGUGGAUAUAAAGACGACGCGCGCGUCCAUCGAGAUCCACCAGCCGAGGAUCGACCUGAUCCUCACGCCCAUCGGGCGCAUCUGCUGCUGCGCGUCGCAGCCCUGCGGCUGCCCGCGGACCAAGGACCAGCGCCUGCUCACGCGCGGCGUCGUCACUGAGGUCGGGUCCAACAGGACGAAGACGCGGUUCCGCGCCGACUUCGACCUCAAGCUGUCGCGGACGUACCUGGACCACCAGGUCACGGACGAGGGCCUGCGCGGCGUCGCCUUCGACGCCUACCUGCGCAUCCGGAGCUCCUUCGAGGCCUACGAGCCGCCGCGGGGCGUCGGCGCCGGGCCCCGCGCGGACGGCACCUUCGAGUACACGCUCGACGAGGAGAUCGCGAUCAUGGACAAGGUGCUCUGGCGGUGCAACAACGUCCCCCGGCCGCCGGACCGCGUCGUCGAGCUCGGCGCGGAGCUCCACGUCGAACGGCCCCUGACCGUCGCCGUCGCGCCCCUCGCUCCCGGCGGAGGCGAGUUCCACGUGGCCCUGACGAACGACCACGCGACGCUGCCGCUGCGGCUCUGCACCUGCGACCUGGGGAACCCGCGCUUCGUCCACGUCAAGGGCCGCAAGAUGCCCGCGGACCUCGCGCCGGGCGACCGCUGGGACUUCGACGUCGAGGUCGUCGACACGGCGAACUUCACCGACGCCUACAUCGAGCUCACCUUCUGCUGGCGCUGCGGCGACGAGGCCGCGGGCGGGCCCGACGUCGGCCGCGCGCCGGGCACGUGGGCCCACUUCGUCGCCCAGGAGGUCAUCAUGUGGACGUCGACGAAGCCCAAGAGGCCCACGCCCGACGACCCCCAGGACGCCGAGCUCCUGGAGAUUCGCGCGAGCACAGCGCACUUCAUCGCGCUAGCGCACUUACCCGAAGGUCACUCGCUCGAGAUGUACGGCGGCGCGGGCGCGCUUCAGGCGCAGGCGCAGGCGCUGGCGCUGCAGGUGUACUACAAUCCGUGGGCGAUGUACCAGCCCCCGUGGCCGCUGCUCGCCGCGCCGCCGCCGCCCGCCGCGCAGUGGCCGCUGCUCGCCGCGCCGCCGCCGCCCGCCGCGCCGACUCCGACGAGCGUCCUCGAGGUGCCCGCGGCCGCGGCGCCGCCGCCGCCGUUCCCCGAGCAGGCGCCCGCGGCCGCGGCGCCGCCGCCACCGUUCCUCCAGGAGGCGCCCGCGGCCGCGCCGCCGCCGCCGCCGUUUCCCGAGGAGGAGGCCGCGGCCGCGCCGCCGCCGCCGCCGUUCCCCGAGGAGGACGCGCCGGCCUUCGCUCCGGAGGAGGCGGCGCCCGACGACGCCGCGUGCGCCAUCUGCGACGACGCCGCGGGCGGCGCGCGCACGCCCUGCUGCGGCACCGCCAUCUGCGCGGCUUGCGUCGCGCGCGCCGCGGCGUCCGCGAACGCGGCAUUCAAAUGUGCUUUUUGCUUGGACGCGUCCCCGGCGUUCUACGCCUUCGCGCGCUCCGUCGGCGCGCGCGUCGACCUCGAGGCGCUGCCGGCCUGGGACGCCGACGCCGGCGACGACCUCUGCCCGGCGCUGCCCGCGUGCGCCGCGUCCUGCUGCGCGUGCCCGCACGGCCCGGCCUUCGACGCGGCGACGGCGCGCGCGACGCGGUCGACGAGCGCGGCGGUCUGGAACCUGCUGGCCUGCGAGAGCUGCGGCGUGUCCUACGCCCACGCGGGCUGCCUGGCGAAGCGGCGCCGCGGCGGCUUCGUGUGCGGCCUCUGCGAGUCGGGGGACGACGACGACGCGCGGCCCGCGCGGCGGCCCCGCGUCGCGACGCCCGAGCCCGCGGCGCCGCCCCGCCGCUCGCCGCGCCGCGACGCGCCCCCCGCCGCGGGCGCCCUCGCGCUCGCCGCCGCCGAGGACGCGCGCGCGCCCCGCCGGCCGCCCGCGGAACCGGCGCCGCCGCCGCGCCGCGCGCCGCGCCGCGCGCCGUCCCCGGCGCCCGCGCCCGCGCGGCCGCGCCGCGGCGCGCCGCCGGCGGACGUCGACGCGCUCGUCGCGCGCGACCCGCGCAUCCGCGUCGAGCGGGAGAACCCGAAGAAGGCCGGCUCCAAGAGCGCGCUGCGCUACGACGCCUACAAGUCCGCGUCGACGGUGCGCGAGUUUCUCGAGCUCGGCGGCACGCGCGCGGACCUGCGCCACGACAUCGCCCUCGGCUACGUCGUCGUCGUCGACCGCGCGCCGACGCCGCCGCCCCGGGCGCAGCGCGCGACGGCGCUGCCGUCCUUCGUCAAGUCGUGCCCGGCUUACCUCGGCCGCGCCGCCGCGGCCGUCGCGCUCCGCGCGGGCGCCGCGCCGGGCAUCCCCAACGGCGACCCCGCGCCGGGGUGGCACAAGGAGAUCAUCCCGCGGAAGCACGACCCCCGCGAGGCCGACGUCCACUUCUACGACGCCCGCAGCGGCCGCCAGUUUCGCUCCCUGGCGUCGCUGCGCGCCUUCGUCGCGCCCGGCGACGUCGACCUCGACGCCUUCGACUUCCGCCACGCGGCCGGCCGCGCGCGCUGCCCGCCGGUGCCCGCGCGGAGCGAGAUCAACGGCGCGCUCCGGGAGAUCUGGGGCGGCCUCUCGAAGCGGGAGCAGGCCGCGGCGCGCGCCGCCGCGCCGGGCCGCGACGUCCCGCCGCACCCGACCGCGACGGUGCGCGCGGCCGAGGCCGCCGUGGACCGCACGGGCGGCACCGCGGAGCAGCGCGCGUUCGCUUCGCUCAUGGCGGCCGUCUACUCCCACAACAAGACGUACUAG